CAUCAACCGCCAGCCCAGCCACGACGUCCACAGCUCAGUCCACAACACGGACCACGGUGACACUACCAACCCCAGCCACAUCAGGGACAAGCCCCACGCUGCGUAAGUCACGGCGCUAUAGGAUGCCAGCAAUCCCGAAGGCACCCGGUCCCACCUCCAGCUCACAUUCAGUGAUUCAGCCACAAAGGUGACCCCGUAUUUCCCAGAGGGCAAGCGGGAAGGCAGCCCAACAGUGCAGGCUGGAGCUGGAGGCGAAGAGGGCCUCCAGGCACCCACAGAGGCAGGCCUGGGGAGCAGAGGUGCAGGAGGACGGGGGCCACCACCAGGGCCACAGGGAACCAGAAGGGGAUAAAGUAGGGCCUGGUUUCCAGUCACAGAGCGGCAGCUGCACUGAAGGAGUCAGCACUCAGCUCAGGGCAGGAUGCGGAGCAGGUCCAGGUGAGAUGGAGACACUGGGGCAGGCUGGAGUGCCCAGGAGGGGCCAUGUCACAGGACCAGAGACAGAGACGGGCAAGAAAAACGUCACGUGGGCAAAAGAAGAGGCCAGCGGAGGUCAGGGUAAAGAAACAAAAACAAUAACGAUGACAACUUCACCAAUUCCCACAGCAAAAUCCACCAAUCAGGAACUGCCAGGAACAACGGCCACCCAGACGACAGGAGCACGUCCAACCCCAGCAAGCACCACAGGCCCAACCACCCCACAGCCAGGACAACCCACGAGGCCCACAGCCACAGAGACCACUCAAACAAGAACGACAACUGAAUACACAACGCCCCAAACCCCACACACCACACACUCCCCACCUACGGCGGGGAGUCCCAUCGCUUCCACAGGUCCUAUGACUGCAACAUCCUUCCAGACCACCACUACCUAUCCAACCCCAUCACACCCUCAGACUACACUUCCCACUCACGUUCCACCUUUCUCCACCUCCUCGGUGACUCCAAGUACUCACACAGUCAUCACCCAUACACGCCCACAGAUGUCCACUUCCACCUCCAUCCAGUCAAAACCAACAGGCAUCAUUCCUUCAUCAACAAUGGUCAAGGCCACAGGGUCCACACACACAGCCCCAACGAUGACGGGGAUCACCAGUGGGACCAGCCAAGUCCACAGCUCAUUGAGCACAGCCAAAACCUCUACAUCCCUCCACUCACAUGCUUCCUCCACACACCCUCCAGAAAUCACCCCAACUUCUACCACCACAAUUACUCCCAACCCCACUACUACAGGCACUGGAAUCCCUGUGGCCCACACCACCUCAGCCACCAGCAGCAGGCUACCCACACCCUUCACCACACACUCCGCACCUACAGGGAGCAAUCCCACCACUUCCACAGGUCCUAUGACUGCAACAUCCUUCAAGACCACCACUACCUAUCCAACACCACCACAACCUCAGACCACACUUCCCACUCACGUUCCACCUUUCUCUACCUCGCUGGUGACUCUAAGUACUCACACAGUCAACACCCCAACCCACCCACAGAUGUCCACUUCUGCCUCCAUCCACUCAAUGUCAACAAGCACCACUUCUCCACCGACAACGCUCACAACCACAGGGUCCACACACACAGCCCCAACGAUGACAGUGACCACCAGUGGGACCAGCCAAGUCCACAGCUCCUUCAGCACAGCCAAAACCUCUACAUCCCUCCUCUCACAUGCUUUCUCCACACAUCAUCCAGAAACCACCGCAACUUCUACUACCACCAUUACUCCCAACCCCACUAGUACAGGCACCGGAACCCCUGUGGCCCACACCACCUCGGCCACCAGCAGCAGGCCACCACCACCCUUCACCACACACUCCCCACCUACAGGGAGUAGUCCCCUCUCUUCCACAGGUCCUAUGACUCCAACAUCCUUCAAGACCACCACCACCUAUCCAAACCCAUCACAUCCUCAGACCACAGUUCCCACUCACGUUCCACCUUUCUCCAGCUCAUCAGUGACUCCAAGUACUCACACAGUCAUCACCCCUACCCACGCACAGAUGGCCACUUCUGCCUCCAUCCACUCAACACCAACAGGUACAAUUCCUCCACCGACAACGCUCAAGGCCACAGGGUCCACCCACACAGGCUCACCAAUGACACCGACCACCAGUGUGACCAGCCAAGCCCCGAGCUCAUUCAGCACAGCCAAAACCUCUACAUCCCUACAUUCACACACUUCCUCCACACACCAUCCUGAAGUCACCGCAACUUCUACCACGAACAUCACCCCCAACCCCAGCAGUACAGGAACCGGCACACCCGUGGCCCACACCACCUCGGCCACCAGCAGCAGGCUACCCACACCCUUCACCACACACUCCGCACCUACAGGGAGCAGUCCCUUCUCUUCCACAGGUCCUACGACUGCAACACCCUUCCAGACCACCACUACCUAUCCAACACCAUCACACCCUCAGACCACUCUUCCCACUCAUGCUCCACCUUUCUCCACCACCUUGGUGACUCCAACUACUCCCACAAUCAUCACCCCUACCCACGCACAGUUGGCCACUUCUGCCUCCAUCCACUCAAUGCCAACAGGCACCAUUCCUCCACCGACAACGCUAAAGGCCACAGGGUCCACCCACACAGCCCCACCAACGACGCUGACCACCAGGGGGACCAGCCAAGCCCCAAGCUCAUUCAGCACAGCCAAAACCUCUACAUCCCUACCUUCCCACACUUCCUCCACACACCAUCCUGAAGUCACCCCAACUACUACCACCAUCACCUCCAACCCCACCAGUACAGGAACCGGCACACCCGUGGCCCACACCACCUCGGCCACCAGCAGCAGGCUACCCACACCCUUCACCACACACUCCCCAUCUACAGGGAGCAGUCCCAUCCCUUCCACAGGUCCUGUGACUGCAACAUCCUUCCAGACCACCACUACCUAUCCAACACCAUCACACCCUCAGACCACUCUUCCCACUCAUGUUCCACCUUUCUCCACUUCCUUGGUGACUCCAAGUACUCACACAGUCAUCACCCCUACCCACGCACAGAUGGCCACUUCUGCCUCCAUCCACUCAACGCCAACAGGCACAAUUCCUCCACUGACAACGCUCAAGGCCACAGGGUCCACCCACACAGCCCCACCAAUGCCACCGACCACCAGUGUGACCAGCCAAGCCCCAAGCUCAUUCAGCACAGCCAAAACUUCUACAUCCCUACAUUCACACACUUCUGCCACACACCAUCCUGAAGUCACCCCAACUUCUACCAUCAACAUCACCCCCAACCCCACCAGUAUAGGAACUGGCACCCCUGUGGCCCACACCACCUCGGCCACCAGCAGCAGGCUACCCACACCCUUCACCACACACUCCGCACCUACAGGGAGCAGUCCCUUCUCUUCCACAGGUCCUGUGACUGCAACACCCUUCCAGACCACCACUACGUAUCCAACACCAUCACACCCUCAGACCACACUUCCCACUCACAUUCCACCUUUCUCCACCUCCUUGGUGACUCCAAAUUCUCACACAGUCAUCACCCCUACCCACACAGAGAUGGCCACUUCUGCCUCCAUCCACUCAACACCAACAGGCACCAUUCCUCCACCGACAACGCUAAACGCCACAGGGUCCACCCACACAGCCCCACCAACGACGCGGACCACCAGGGGGACCAGCCAAGCCCCAAGCACAUUCAGCACAGCCAAAACCUCUACAUCCCUACAUUCACACACUUCCUCCACACACCAUCCUGAAGUCACCCCAACUUCUACCACCAACAUCACCCCCAACCCCACCAGUACAGGAACUGGCACCCCUGUGGCCCACACCACCUCGGCCACCAGCAGCAGGCUACCUACACCCUUCACCACACACUCCGCACCUACAGGGAGCAGUCCCUUCUCUUCCACAGGUCCUGUGACUGCAACACCCUUCCAGACCACCACUACCUAUCCAACACCAUCACACCCACAGACAACUCUUCCCACUCACAUUCCAACUUUCUCCACCUCCUUGGUGACUCCAAGUACUCACACAGUCAUCACCCCUACCCACGCACAGAUGGCCACUUCUGCCUCCAUCCACUCAAUUCCAACAGGCACAAUUCCUCCACCGACAACGCUCAAGGCCACAGGGUCCACCCACACAGCCCCACCAAUGACACCGACCACCAGUGUGACCAGCCAAGCCCCGAGCUCAUUCAGCACAGCCAAAACCUCUACAUCCCUACAUUCACACACUUCCUCCACACACCAUCCUGAAGUCACCCCAACUUCUACCACCACCAUCACCCCCAACCCCACCAGUACAGGCAACAGAACCCCUGUAGCCCACACCACCUCGGCCACCAGCAGCAGACUACCCACACCCUUCACCACACACUACCCACCUACAGGGAGCAGUCCCUUCUCGUCCACAGGUCCUAUGACUGCAACAUCCGUCAAGACCACCACCACCUAUCCAACCCCAUCACACCCUCAGACCACACUUCCCACUCACAUUACACCUUUCUCCACGGCCUUCGUGACUCCAAUUACUCACACAGUCAUCACCCCUACCCACGCACAGAUGUCCACUUCUGCCUCCAUCCACUCAACACCAACGGGCACUGUUCCUCCACCAACAACGCUCAAGGCCACAGGGUCCACCCAUACAGCCCCACCAAUGACACCGACCACCAGUGUGACCAGCCAAGCCCCGAGCUCAUUCAGCACACCCAAAACCUCUACAUCCUUACAUUCACAAACUUCCUCCACACACCAUGCUGAAGUCACUCCAACUUCUACCACCAACAUCACCACCAACCCCACCAGUACAGGAACUGGCACCCCUGUGGCCCACACCACCUCGGCCACCAGCAGCAGGCUACCUACACCCUUCACCACACACUCCGCACUUACAGGGAGCAGUCCCUUCUCUUCCACAGGUCCUGUGACUGCAACACCCUUCCAGACCACCACUACCUAUCCAACACCAUCACACCCUCAGACCACUCUUCCCACUCACGUUCCACCUUUCUCCACCUCCUUGGUGACGCCAAGUACUCACACAGUCAUCACCCCUACCCACGCACAGAUGGCCACUUCUGCCUCCAUCCACUCAACGCCAACAGGCACCAUUCCUCCACCGACAACGCUCAAGGCCACAGGGUCCACCCACACAGCCCCACCAACGACACCGACCACCAGUGUGACCAGUCAAGCCCCGAGCUCAUUCAGCACAGCCAAAACCUCUACAUCCCUACAUUCACACACUUCCUCCACACACCAUCCUGAAGUCACCCCAACUUCUACCACCAACAUCACCCCCAACCCCACCAGUACAGGCACCAGAACCCCUGUAGCCCACACCACCUCGGCCACCAGCAGCAGGCUACCCACACCCUUCACCACACACUACCCACCUACAGGGAGCAGUCCCUUCUCUUCCACAGGUCCUGUGACUGCAACAUCCUUCCAGACCACCACUACCUAUCCAACAUCAUCACACCCUCAGACCACUCUUCCCACUCACGUUCCACCUUUCUCCACCUCCUUGGUGACUCCAAGUUCUCACACAGUCAUCACCCCUACCCACGCACAGAUGGCCACUUCUGCCUCCAUCCACUCAACGCCAACAGGCACCAUUCCUCCACCGACAACGCUAAAGGCCACAGGGUCCACCCACACAGCCCCACCAACGACGCUGACCACCAGGGGGACCAGCCAAGCCCCAAGCUCAUUCAGCACGGCCAAAACCUCUACAUCCUUACAUUCACACACUUCUUCCACAUACCAUCCUGAAGUCACCCGAACUUCUACCACCAACAUCACCCCGAACCCCACCAGUACAGGAACUGGCACCCCUGUGGCCCAAACCACCUCGGCCACCAGCAGCAGGCUACCCACACUCUUCACCACACACUCCGCACCUACAGGGAGCAGUCCCUUCUCUUCCACAGGUCCUGUGACUGCAACACCCUUCCAGACCACCACUACCUAUCCAACACCAUCACACCCUCAGUCCACUCUUCCCACUCAUAUUCCACCUUUCUCCACCUCCUUGGUGACUCCAAGUACUCACACAGUCAUCACCCCUACCCACGCACAGAUGGCCACUUCUGCCUCCAUCCACUCAAUUCCAACAGGCACAAUACCUCCACCGACAACGCUCAAGGCCACAGGGUCCACCCACACAGCCUCACCAAUGACACCGACCACCAGUGUGACCAGCCAAGCCCCGAGCUCAUUCAGCACAGCCAAAACCUCUACAUCCCUACAUUCACACACUUCCUCCACACACCAUCCUGAAGUCACCCCAACUUCUACCACCAACAUCACCCCCAACCCCACCAGUACAGGAACUGGCACCCCUGUGGGCCACACCACCUCGGCCACCAGCAGCAGGCUACCCACACUCUUCACCACACACUCCGCACCUACAGGGAGCAGUCCCUUCUCUUCCACAGGUCCUGUGACUGCAACACCCUUCCAGACCACCACUACCUAUCCAACACCAUCACACCCUCAGUCCACUCUUCCCACUCACAUUCCACCUUUCUCCACCUCCUUGGUGACUCCAAGUACUCACACAGUCAUCACCCCUACCCACGCACAGAUGGCCACUUCUGCCUCCAUCCACUCAAUUCCAACAGGCACAAUACCUCCACCGACAACGCUCAAGGCCACAGGGUCCACCCACACAGCCCCACCAAUGACACCGACCACCAGUGUGACCAGCCAAGCCCCGAGCUCAUUCAGCACAGCCAAAACCUCUACAUCCCUACAUUCACACACUUCCUCCACACACCAUCCUGAAGUCACCCCAACUUCUACCACCAUCACCCCCAACCCCACCAGUACAGGCACCAGAACCCCUGUAGCCCACACCACCUCGGCCACCAGCAGCAGGCUACCCACACCCUUCACCACACACUACCCACCUACAGGGAGCAGUCCCUUCUCUUCCACAGGUCCUGUGACUGCAACAUCCUUCGAGACCACCACUACCUAUCCAACACCAUCACACCCUCAGACCACACUUCCCACUCACAUUCCACCUUUCUCCACCUCCUUGGUGACUCCAAGUUCUCACACAGUCAUCACCCCUACCCACGCACAGAUGGCCACUUCUGCCUCCAUCCACUCAACACCAACGGGCACUGUUCCUCCACCAACAACGCUCAAUGCCACAGGGUCCACCCAUACAGCCCCACCAAUGACGCCGACCACCAGUGGGACCAGCCAAGCCCCAAGCUCAUUCAGCACAGCCAAAACCUCUACAUCCCUACAUUCACACACUUCCUCCACACACCAUGCUGAAGUCACUCCAACUUCUACCACCACCAUCACCCCCAACCCCACCAGUACAGGAACUGGCACCCCUGUGGCCCACACCAUCUCGGCCACCAGCAGCAGGCUACCCACACCCUUCACUACACGCUCCGCACCUACAGGGAGCAGUCCCUUCUCUUCCACAGGUCCUGUGACUGCAACACCCUUCCAGACCAGCACUACCUAUCCAACACCAUCACACCCUCAGACCACUCUUCCCACUCACAUUCCACCUUUCUCCACCUCCUUGGUGACUCCAAGUACUCACACAGUCAUCACCCCUACCCACGCACAGAUGGCCACUUCUGCCUCCAUCCACUCAACGCCAACAGGUACAAUUCCUCCACCGACAACGCUCAAAGCCACAGGGUCCACCCACACAGCCUCACCAAUGACACCGACCACCAGUGUGACCAGCCAAGUCCCGAGCUCAUUCAGCACAGCCAAAACCUCUACAUCCCUACAUUCACACACUUCCUCCACACACCAUCCUGAAGUCACCCCAACUUCUACCACCAACAUCACCCCCAACCCCACCAGUACAGGAACUGGCACCCCUGUGGCCCACACCACCUCGGCCACCAGCAGCAGGCUACCCACACCCUUCACCACACACUACCCACCUACAGGGAGCAGUCCCUUCUCUUCCACAGGUCCUGUGACUGCAACAUCCUUCCCGACCACCACUACCUAUCCAACACCAUCACACCCUCAGACCACACUUCCCACUCACAUUACACCUUUCUCCACCUCCUUGGUGACUCCAAGUUCUCACACAGUCAUCACCCCUACCCACGCACAGAUGGCCACUUCUGCCUCCAUCCACUCAACGCCAACAGGCACCAUUCCUCCACCGACAACGCUAAAGGCCACAGGGUCCACCCACACAGCCCCACCAACGACGCUGACCACCAGGGGGACCAGCCAAGCCCCAAGCUCAUUCAGCACAGCCAAAACCUCUACAUCCCUACAUUCACACACUUCCUCCACAUACCAUCCUGAAGUCACCCCAACUUCUACCACCAACAUCACCCCCAACCCCAGCAGUACAGGAACCGGCACACCCGUGGCCCACACCACCUCGGCCACCAGCAGCAGGCUACCCACACCCUUCACCACACACUCCCCACCUACACGGAGCAGUCCCUUCUCUUCCACAGGUCCUGUGACUGCAACACCCUUCCAGACCACCACUACCUAUCCAACACCAUCACACCCUCAGACCACUCUUCCCACUCACAUUCCACCUUUCUCCACCUCCUUGGUGACUCCAAGUACUCACACAGUCAUCACCCCUACCCACGCACAGAUGGCCACUUCUGCCUCCAUCCACUCAAUGCCAACAGGCACAAUUCCUCCACCGACAACACUCAAGGCCACAGGGUCCACCCACACAGCCCCACCAAUGACACCGACCACCAGUGUGACCAGCCAAGUCCCGAGCUCAUUCAGCACAGCCAAAACCUCUACAUCCCUACAUUCACACACUUCUUCCACACACCAUCCUGAAGUCACCCCAACUUCUACCACCAACAUCACCCCCAACCCCACCAGUACAGGAACUGGCACCCCUGUGGCCCACACCACCUCGGCCACCAGCAGCAGGCUACCCACACCCUUCACCACACACUCCGCACCUACACGGAGCAGUCCCUUCUCUUCCACAGGUCCUGUGACUGCAACACCCUUCCAGACCACCACUACCUAUCCAACACCAUCACACCCUCAGACCACUCUUCCCACUCACAUUCCACCUUUCUCCACCUCUUUGGUGACUCCAAGUACUCACACAGUCAUCACCCCUACCCACGCACAGAUGACCACUUCUGCCUCCAUCCACUCAAUUCCAACAGGCACAAUACCUCCACUGACAACGCUCAAGGCCACAGGGUCCACCCACACAGCCCCACCAAUGACACCGACCACCAGUGUGACCAGCCAAGCCCCGAGCUCAUUCAGCACAGCCAAAACCUCUACAUCCCUACAUUCACACACUUCCUCCACACACCAUCCUGAAGUCACCCCAACUUCUACCACCAACAUCACCCCCAACCCCACCAGUACAGGCACCAGAACCCCUGUAGCCCACACCACCUCGGCCACCAGCAGCAGGCUACCCACACCCUUCACCACACACUACCCACCUACAGGGAGCAGUCCCUUCUCUUCCACAGGUCCUGUGACUGCAACAUCCUUCGAGACCACCACUACCUAUCCAACACCAUCACACCCUCAGACCACACUUCCCACUCACAUUCCACCUUUCUCCACCUCCUUGGUGACUCCAAGUUCUCACACAGUCAUCACCCCUACCCACGCACAGAUGGCCACUUCUGCCUCCAUCCACUCAACACCAACGGGCACUGUUCCUCCACCAACAACGCUCAAUGCCACAGGGUCCACCCAUACAGCCCCACCAAUGACGCCGACCACCAGUGGGACCAGCCAAGCCCCAAGCUCAUUCAGCACAGCCAAAACCUCUACAUCCCUACAUUCACACACUUCCUCCACACACCAUGCUGAAGUCACUCCAACUUCUACCACCACCAUCACCCCCAACCCCACCAGUACAGGAACUGGCACCCCUGUGGCCCACACCAUCUCGGCCACCAGCAGCAGGCUACCCACACCCUUCACUACACGCUCCGCACCUACAGGGAGCAGUCCCUUCUCUUCCACAGGUCCUGUGACUGCAACACCCUUCCAGACCAGCACUACCUAUCCAACACCAUCACACCCUCAGACCACUCUUCCCACUCACAUUCCACCUUUCUCCACCUCCUUGGUGACUCCAAGUACUCACACAGUCAUCACCCCUACCCACGCACAGAUGGCCACUUCUGCCUCCAUCCACUCAACGCCAACAGGCACCAUUCCUCCACCGACAACGCUCAAAGCCACAGGGUCCACCCACACAGCCUCACCAAUGACACCGACCACCAGUGUGACCAGCCAAGCCCCGAGCUCAUUCAGCACAGCCAAAACCUCUACAUCCCUACAUUCACACACUUCCUUCACACACCAUCCUGAAGUCACCCCAACUUCUACCACCAACAUCACCCCCAACCCCACCAGUACAGGAACUGGCACCCCUGUGGCCCACACCACCUCGGCCACCAGCAGCAGGCUACCCACACCCUUCACCACACACUACCCACCUACAGGGAGCAGUCCCUUCUCUUCCACAGGUCCUGUGACUGCAACAUCCUUCCAGACCACCACUACCUAUCCAACACCAUCACACCCUCAGACCACACUUCCCACUCACAUUACACCUUUCUCCACCUCCUUGGUGACUCCAAGUUCUCACACAGUCAUCACCCCUACCCACGCACAGAUGGCCACUUCUGCCUCCAUCCACUCAACGCCAACAGGCACCAUUCCUGCACCGACAACGCUAAAGGCCACAGGGUCCACCCACACAGCCCCACCAACGACGCUGACCACCAGGGGGACCAGCCAAGCCCCAAGCUCAUUCAGCACAGCCAAAACCUCUACAUCCCUACAUUCACACACUUCCUCCACAUACCAUCCUGAAGUCACCCCAACUUCUACCACCAACAUCACCCCCAACCCCAGCAGUACAGGAACCGGCACACCCGUGGCCCACACCACCUCGGCCACCAGCAGCAGGCUACCCACACCCUUCACCACACACUCCCCACCUACAUGGAGCAGUCCCUUCUCUUCCACAGGUCCUGUGACUGCAACACCCUUCCAGACCACCACUACCUAUCCAACACCAUCACACCCUCAGACCACUCUUCCCACUCACAUUCCACCUUUCUCCACCUCCUUGGUGACUCCAAGUACUCACACAGUCAUCACCCCUACCCACGCACAGAUGUCCACUUUCUCCUCCAUCCACUCAACGCCAACAGGCACAAUACCUCCACCGACAACACUCAAGGCCACAGGGUCCACCCAUACAGCCCCACCAAUGACACCGACCACCAGUGUGACCAGCCAAGUCCCGAGCUCAUUCAGCACAGCCAAAACCUCUACAUCCCUACAUUCACACACUUCCUCCACACACCAUCCUGAAGUCACCCCAACUUCUACCACCAACAUCACCCCCAACCCCACCAGUACAGGCACCAGAACCCCUGUAGCCCACACCACCUCAGCCACCAGCAGCAGGCUACCCACACCCUUCACCACACACUACCCACCUACAGGGAGCAGUCCCUUCUCUUCCACAGGUCCUGUGACUGCAACAUCCUUCGAGACCACCACUACCUAUCCAACACCAUCACACCCUCAGACCACACUUCCCACUCACAUUCCACCUUUCUCCACCUCCUUGGUGACUCCAAGUUCUCACACAGUCAUCACCCCUACCCACGCACAGAUGGCCACUUCUGCCUCCAUCCACUCAACACCAACGGGCACUGUUCCUCCACCAACAACGCUCAAUGCCACAGGGUCCACCCGUACAGCCCCACCAAUGACGCCGACCACCAGUGGGACCAGCCAAGCCCCAAGCUCAUUCAGCACAGCCAAAACCUCUACAUCCCUACAUUCACACACUUCCUCCACACACCAUGCUGAAGUCACUCCAACUUCUACCACCACCAUCACCCCCAACCCCACCAGUACAGGAACUGGCACCCCUGUGGCCCACACCAUCUCGGCCACCAGCAGCAGGCUACCCACACCCUUCACUACACGCUCCGCACCUACAGGGAGCAGUCCCUUCUCUUCCACAGGUCCUGUGACUGCAACACCCUUCCAGACCAGCACUACCUAUCCAACACCAUCACACCCUCAGACCACUCUUCCCACUCACAUUCCACCUUUCUCCACCUCCUUGGUGACUCCAAGUACUCACACAGUCAUCACCCCUACCCACGCACAGAUGGCCACUUCUGCCUCCAUCCACUCAACGCCAACAGGUACAAUUCCUCCACCGACAACGCUCAAAGCCACAGGGUCCACCCACACAGCCUCACCAAUGACACCGACCACCAGUGUGACCAGCCAAGCCCCGAGCUCAUUCAGCACAGCCAAAACCUCUACAUCCCUACAUUCACACACUUCCUCCACACACCAUCCUGAAGUCACCCCAACUUCUACCACCAACAUCACCCCCAACCCCAGCAGUACAGGAACUGGCACACCCGUGGCCCACACCACCUCGGCCACCAGCAGCAGGCUACCCACACCCUUCACCACACACUCCCCACCUACACGGAGCAGUCCCGUCUCUUCCACAGGUCCUAUGACUGCAACAUCCGUCAAGACCACCACCACCUAUCCAACCCCAUCACACCGUCAGACCACACUUCGCACUCACAUUCCACCUUUCUCCACGGCCUUCGUGACUCCAAUUACUCACACAGUCAUCACCCCUACCCACUCACAGAUGUCCACUUCUGCCUCCAUCCACUCAACACCAACGGGCACUGUUCCUCCACCAACAACGCUCAAGGCCACAGGGUCCACCCAUACAGCCCCACCAAUGACACCGACCACCAGUGUGACCAGCCAAGUCCCGAGCUCAUUCAGCACAGCCAAAACCUCUACAUCCCUACAUUCACACACUUCUUCCACACACCAUCCUGAAGUCACCCCAACUUCUACCACCAACAUCACCCCCAACCCCACCAGUACAGGAACUGGCACCCCUGUGGCCCACACCACCUCGGCCACCAGCAGCAGGCUACCCACACUCUUCACCACACACUCCGCACCUACACGGAGCAGUCCCUUCUCUUCCACAGGUCCUGUGACUGCAACACCCUUCCAGACCACCACUACCUAUCCAACACCAUCACACCCUCAGACCACUCUUCCCACUCACAUUCCACCUUUCUCCACCUCUUUGGUGACUCCAAGUACUCACACAGUCAUCACCCCUACCCACGCACAGAUGACCACUUCUGCCUCCAUCCACUCAAUUCCAACAGGCACAAUACCUCCACUGACAACGCUCAAGGCCACAGGGUCCACCCACACAGCCCCACCAAUGACACCGACCACCAGUGUGACCAGCCAAGCCCCGAGCUCAUUCAGCACAGCCAAAACCUCUACAUCCCUACAUUCACACACUUCCUCCACACACCAUCCUGAAGUCACCCCAACUUCUACCACCAACAUCACCCCCAACCCCACCAGUACAGGCACCAGAACCCCUGUAGCCCACACCACCUCAGCCACCAGCAGCAGGCUACCCACACCCUUCACCACACACUACCCACCUACAGGGAGCAGUCCCUUCUCUUCCACAGGUCCUGUGACUGCAACAUCCUUCCAGACCACCACUACCUAUCCAACACCAUCACACCCUCAGACCACUCUUCCCACUCACGUUCCACCUUUCUCCACCUCCUUGGUGACUCCAAGUUCUCACACAGUCAUCACCCCUACCCACGCACAGAUGGCCACUUCUGCCUCCAUCCACUCAACGCCAACAGGCACCAUUCCUCCACCGACAACGCUAAAGGCCACAGGGUCCACCCACACAGCCCCACCAACGACGCUGACCACCAGUGUGACCAGCCAAGCCCCGAGCUCAUUCAGCACAGCCAAAACCUCUACAUCCCUACAUUCACACACUUCCUCCACACACCAUCCUGAAGUCACCCCAACUUCUACCACCAACAUCACCCCCAACCCCACCAGUACAGGAACCGGCACACCCGUGGCCCACACCACCUCGGCCACCAGCAGCAGGCCACCCACACCCUUCACCACACUCUCCCCACCUACAGGGAGCAGUCCCUUCUCUUCCACAGGUCCUAUGACUGCAACACCCUUCCAGACCACCACUACCUAUCCAACAGCAUCACACCCUCAGACCACUCUUCCCACUCACGUUCCACCUUUCUCCACCUCCUUGGUGACUCCAAGUACUCACACAGUCAUCACCCCCACCCACGCACAGAUGUCCACUUUCUCCUCCAUCCCUUCAAUGGCAACAGGCACCAUUCCUCCGCUGACAACAUUCAAGGCCACAGGAUCCACCCACACAGCCCCACCAAUGACAGUGACCACCAGUGGGACCAGCCAAGCCCACAGCUCAUUCAACACAGCCACAGCCUCUUCUUCCUUCAUAUCCUCCUCGUCUCGGCUGCCUCAGAACUCUAGCUCAAGGCCACCGUCAUCACCUAUCACCACAGGACUCCCCCACUUGAGUUCUGCAACCACUCUUGUUUCCACAACUAAUCAGCUGUCCUCCUCAUAUUCUCCCAGUCCUUCUGCCCCCUCUUCCGUUUCUUCUCAUGUGCCCUCCUCCCACUCCUCUCCCCAGACUUCAUCUUCUUCUGCUGGCACGUCUUCCUCUGUCGUGUCCACCCCCGUGCACGCCACAACCCUGAGCUCGGGCUCACACUCCUCAUUGUUCACUCAUCCCACAACUGCAUCCGUGUCUGCAUCUCCUCUUUUUCCUUCUUCUCCAGCUGCCUCUACUACCAUUAGGGCCACUCUCCCCCACAGUAUCUCCUCUCCUUUCACUCUCUCUGCCCUACUCCCCAUAUCCACUCUUACCGUGUCUCCCACCCCAUCCAGCCACAUAGCCUCCAGCACCAUUGCAUUUCCGUCCACGCCCAGGACCACGGCCAGCACCCACACCGCCCCUGCCUUCUCCUCUCAGUCCACCACCUCGCGGUCCACUUCUCUCACCACCCGAGUUCCCACGUCAGGCUUUGUGUCACUCACCUCGGGGGUGACGGGUAUCCCCAGCUCUGCAGUCACCAACCUUACCACCAGGCACCCUGGUCCCACCUCAUUGCCUACCACGCGGUUCCUGACCAGCUCCCUCACUGCACAUGGAAGCACCCCUGCUUCUGCCCCAGUAUCUUCUCUCGGGACAUCUACGCCCACCUCACCCGGGGUCUGCAGUGUGCGGGAGCAGCAGCAGGAGAUCACGUUCAAGGGGUGCGUGGCGAACGUGACGGUAACCCGCUGUGAGGGCACCUGCAUUUCCGCCGCCAGGUGAGUCCACAGGUGGGAGGCCUGCCCCACGUCCAGCAAGGUGCUCACAAUCCCACCCAGAGAGACGCCAGGGCAGGUUCACGCGCCCCACCCAGGCACCUGCUGCCCCAUCAGGUGAGCCACUCUGCGCUCCAUCUGCCUAACACCGCCCUGGCGCAUGUGAGCCGGGAGCUCAGCGGGGAGGUCCAGGCCUCUGUAGAGCAGCUGCCCUGGGGAGGGAGGAGCCGUAUGUCCCUGCAGCAGCCAUGACCCUGCUCUGUCUUGACUUCUCGGCAGCUUCAACGUCAUCACCCAGCAGGUGGACGCCCGCUGCAGCUGCUGCCGCCCCCUCCACUCCUAUGAGCAGCAGCUGGAGCUGCC